AUGCCACGAGAAACCUCAUUGUGGGGUGGUGCCUUGUCUCCCCCACAGAACUCUUAUGAAUGGAAGAGAGCUCUCCUGGAUGUGAAAUGGCUAUGUUUCAAUCAACAAUACAAGCAAUGUGCCUUGCGUUGCAAUCAGCUCAUAGACACCGCGUCUACUCCGCUUCAUCCGAUCUAUGCGACCUACCUCCACUAUUAUGCAGCCACUUCAUAUGAGUACAUGGGACGAGCAGCUCAUAUCUUUUCGGCUAUCAAAGUCCCGCUUCUGACUUCUGCUAUGGAGCGGUUCCAGACAUCCUAUGAGUUGUUGCCCGCUACUAUCCCUAUCCCGGUUCUGAACCCCCAGACCUACUCGCCAGUUACUUUUCUUAAUUCACCCAACUCGACUCCUCAGUCUUCGUUGAGUAAUGUCGUGCGGAGCCCUACUAUUUACCCGACCCAUGGUGUCCCUCCUGGCCCUGAUCCAAAUGCUCAAACUCUGUCAGUUCAGAAUCUGUUGGUUCAUAAUGCUAGACUAGCUCACACUCCUCCUUCGACCGCCCAUUCUCACUCUUCCUCUUCAAACCGUUCUGUCACAACUGCCUUCUGUCUCACACCACCUCCUACUGUCCAAGCAGCCUCGCGUCUUCACUAUGACGCACCUCCUCCAGACUUUCAUAUCCCGCCUCCGAACCGUGAGCCUCCGCCUCCACCACGACCCGUUCCUAUUCGCCCGGCUACCGGAGACCAAUUGCUCUCUUUUAAUAGUGUCCGAGAUGGACUUCCCAACGGGGGAUCUAUCGUCCGAAGCAUUGCCCGCAUGAUUGAUAACUCCAUUAUCGCGGGAGCCGACGACCCUUUUCUGAACCGCGUGCCCCCAAAACAUCCCGAUCUAAAGCGGCCACCAGUGCGCCUGUCCCCAAUCAAGUUCCCAGCUGAACUCGAGGACCCGGUAAAGCGCAGCGAGCUCAUUCCAUCUCCACUUGCCAUUCGGAAGAGCUCUGGCGAGGUUCUCAUGUGCAGCAGUUCUGCGAUGGUAAUCUGCGGGGGUUCAGAGCAAGAAACAUCUAGGAAUGAGGUGAAUCGACCAGUCCGAGCUCGCCCUCCCCGGCUACCCUUGAAGAUAAUCCCUUCCGGACGUCUGAAUGCUAACACAGAGAAGACGAGUCCUUCGACUCUAGUACGGCGGUCGAAGCGUCUGAGUCCCGUCCUCUCUUCACCCACAACCAUGGCUCCAUCGACUCCCACCCCCGUUAUGAGAAAGAAGAUCCCCGUCCUCAGCUCGCCGUUCGCCAGCCGUGCAGGCUUGCCCGAGCAGAAAAGCAUGAAGUCGCCCUCGUUGCGGUCUAGAAAGUCAUCCCCCUCCCCCGAACCUGUCAGCGCCGAGCGUGCCGCGCAGAUUAAUGAAUUCAACGACGCCAUCAAGUGGCUCCGCGAGCAUAUACCCGCCGACGUGGCCGGACUCCGCAAGCAAAUUAAACAUGUUUCGGAUAUGCAGCAGGCCCGUCGCUCUCGCAACACGACUAUGGUCCGCUCUGCCUCCUUCUGGACUUUUUCGCCCGUUAAGAUUGACCCCGAUUCCGGUGAAUCGCAGGAAUCUCCUGUGAUUGAGGGGCCUAAUAUCGAUGAGUAUGGAAAUUUCAUUCGAGUUGAGACUAAGGCGCAGCGCAUUAAGCGGCUCGGGGAUGAGGAUUGGAGGAUUGGUAUUCGGUCGAAGCAUAGUCUCUGGAAGGGGACUGAGUACUACGAUAAGCUUUGCGAAACUGCUUUGGCAGAGCUUGGUCCGACGGGUUAUGGAUCUCGUGAAUGGCUGCAGCGAUGA